CCUGCUGCAACAGCAGGAUCCUCUAGUAAACGCGGCCUCACGAGCUUCUUGUCUGGUUUCAACAAAACCGGCAACAAAGCUCAGAAGUCUGCUGGGAGGGUGAGUAAUCCGAAUGCGGAUCAGGUACCUACUACAACUGGUCUAGCUGGUGGUGACAUUGACGGCGCAGCAGCUGGCUCGAAGACAAAAGAUUCCAAAGAGGCGCUCGCGACAAACGAAACGGUGGGGGGCGCCACUAGCAGCAACGCGAUGCCGAAGGAAGAGACUGAGAAAAAAAGCAAGAAUCCGGUCAAGGGCUUGUUCAAUAAGUCGAAAAAGGAAGCCAACUCCAGGACGUCAUUCGUUGACGAGCAGGAAAAGACACCAUCGUCUAUUUUAGCAGAUGCAGAGAAGAGCUCCGCCACAGCAGAAUUGGAGUCCGGCGAUCCACACCCAUCAGCGCCAACAAGUGAAGCAAAGAGUAACAAAUCAAAUUUUGCGCAAUCAGCAGUGGGCUUCUUGCAGAAAGUCGGAAAAAAGAAAUCGAUAUCGCCAAACAAGCAGGACGUUUCUCCAGGAACGAAACAGGAAGCUUUUGAUAGUAUGCACCUCGAAGGUAGUCACACAAGAGGCAUUCCAUCCAGUCCUGCGGAUGGAGUGGAUGGCGGAGCUCAGGAUUUGGCAGCGGUACAACCAGCUGGGUCUGAAAGUAUUGUGGCAACAGCUCGCCCUGUUGUGGGUGGCCGUAGCAGAAUGGUGACGGGUAGUUUGGAAGGGGUCCUCGCAACCGCAGGCAAGCAAGAAAUGCGGAGCGUCGGCGAAACUCGGUUGCAGCUUUUGGGACCUAAAAUCCCUCUUCCACAAUCGUCGCAUGAACAGCCUCGGUCCUCAUCGCCGUUCAUAUACCCCUCUCCAGCGAAUGAACAUCUUCAUCCAGCAGUAGGGACCUUCAAUGCAGCGACUUCUUCAUCUUCGAGAAAUACACCUUCCCCGCCCACAGAAGAACGCAGGUCCUUCGAAGUGCCACCAUUUAUCACGUCAAUGCUGGCCGUGUCUUCUCCAGACGAGAGUGGGUCAUCUUCCUUCUGCCUCUCAUGUGACGAAAAAAAGAGUGGUGCGUUAGGUUUCGUCGACGCUGCAGCGGGACAGAAGGCAAGAACUGCGAAUAUGCCUGGUGCGGCGACAGGGACUACGACCAUACUUGAUGUUUUUGACACCAGCUCUUGCACUAGCACGACGAAGGUGGAGAAGGACAUCAUAGUUGCUGCUCGUGAUAAGCUUGAUGCAUCAUUGGAGGGAAAGGCGAUAUGGAAUAAAUUACCGUCAGAAAUAUCAUCAGCUCAUCAAGGGCAAAGGCAUCCCGUGGUCAGCUCCUCUCCAGCGACAGCAUCCAAAAACCCUUUUGCUGAUGCUCCUCUCGUUUCCACACCCCCAUCCGCUGCAGCAAGUUGCAAUCGACACUGGCAACAUUUGCUACAGCCGACAUCCCAAGAAGCGUCCCAAAUAAACGCGAGUACGACUUCUAGCACCAAGAUCGUGGGCAGCACGAGAGGGCCUAACGGGCAGCAAUUUGGUGGUUCUUCGAGUAGCACCGGUAAGAAUUACUCGCAAGCAAACCAAGUCGCUACAGCUGGAACUUCAUCUAGUCUUAUUAAUUCGCGUGCUACUGGCCCUGGGCCUGGCGGGCCCUCUUGUUCCUCGCCUUUGCAGCCAGCGCAAGACUCGAUGUAUGCACAGGCUCAGACGCUCCUGAGCUCUUCUUUUCUCUCGGCAUCGUUCGACAGAAGCAGAAUAUAUCCAGGGGGCCGUGGCGUAGCUGGUAGUCAUGGAGGACCAGGUGGAACGAUCCAGUUUGGCGACGGCCCCGGCAACCUCACUGACGUCUCUUGCCUCUCUCAGAGUAAGCACUUACUAGAUUCUCAAUUCCAAUGUUCUUGCCUUCAGUCCGUAACCUUAAAAUAUUUUCAAGUACAAGUUCAACAACAUUGACAUUCAACUCACUGUUAUAUUUUGAUUUUUAGUGCCUGCGCGUGCGCUCGUCCUCGAUGUUGUACUCUACGUUAACAGUUUCCGUACCUCUGGAUGCGUGGCGCAGCCGACUUUCGAUGACUUCUUCCGUAGCAACCGACAUACUCCACACGAAUCGAGACGCCGUUCUCACACCUUGUUCUGUUUUCAACAAUACACCUGGAGUUACGCCUGGAAUCACUCCCCGCUACUUCACACCACGCUACAACGGCGCAAGCACGUCGAGCGUAAAUGGAGGCAACAUGCUAGCCGCGUCAUCUUCUUUGACAUCCCUUCUCGGUGGAGAUCGAGGAGGAAGCGGCGGCCUCGCUUCUAGCGCUUCAACAUUGGGGACGGCACCAGGGCGGCUAUCAGGUGGAGAUCUUCCUGCUGGUUCAGGCAGUGCACCAUCAGGGUCCACAGGAGCAUCGGCAAGAAAUAAACGGAACAACUUCCUCAGCUAUGGAUGCAGCAGCCAAUCUCUGGAACUUUCUCCUGACGAAAGGUCAAUCGAUUUUCUUAGUCGCUCAUUCCUACAUGCAGGGGGAUCGUCCAGUGCUGCGGACCACAGCACUGGGAGUGGAGGCAGAUGACGCGAUGAAGUUGAAGAAAGUUCUUAUCAAUACAGAGCCUUUGACAACUCAUAAUUUUGGAAUUGAACCUUGGCAAAGCCAGUACACAAAACGAAAGCCCGAAAUUCUUCUCAUAACUAAAUCUAGUGUUGUUUCUCUUUUAUCUUUGUUUCUUGACGAAUACCAUGUCACUCUCGAUAUUUUGUUGAUGAGAAGCAGGGGCAUCUGAAGCUCAGUUUUCAUCGGAGUCGCACAGUGAUUGUCGACUCUUUGAUGAUCUUCUUGAACGGCCUACUAGGCAGCUUACCAUAUUAGACGCAACGCUUGCCAGAAUUCCUCGCGCAAAAGAGAAGACAAUCCCGAUACAUAGAACUUGCUACUUAGCAGGCGUACCACGACUCCUCAGGCUUGCCUGUUGCUCUUGGGAGUAACCAGGGUGUACAAUGGGAGCAGGAGCUUCAAGCAGUGCCCAGUUUGAGUUCCUUCCUUUCGAACAAGCAGUUCGUCACAUCUGGAAGGUUGCAUCAGUUCUGCUUUUUGGAUCAAAAAUUCAACGUCUACGCUCCGGUACUGCAUAGACAGUGAUAGAUACGGCUCCAG